AGCGUAGCACUUUCGCUCCGGGUGCCAGGUUACCGCGUGCAUUCCCCUCGCUGUGACACUUAUCAGGCACAGUGCUGCCUGCCAGGACUCUCCAUAUCUCAGGAAUCUGUACAUUUGCAGAAGUGAUACGAAAAAAAUGACCACAUUUAAGGAGGCAGUGACGUUCAGGGAUGUGGCUGUGAUCUUCACCGUGGAGGAGCUGGAGCUGCUAGACACGUCCCAGAGGAAGCUGUACAGAGACGUGAUGCUGGAGAACUUCCGGAACCUGAUCUCAGAGGCAAGAUCCAAUAUGAGAUGGAGACUGUCCCAGAAGCGGACCCACAUGAAGAGUUUUCCUGCUGGCAUAUCUGGCAAAGAAUUGCAGAUGAUCUAAUCAGGAGGCAAGACUCCAUGAUAAAGAGUUCUCAGUUUCCCAAACAGGGUGAUUCAA